CUUCUCAAAACCAGCGUUCUUCACAAGGGAUCCAAAGCCUCGAUAAACCCACGAUCAGUUCACUACCCGGGACUGCAACAAGCUGCUUCGAAUCAUGGCAGCCACCCUACCGUCCACGGCGAAAUCACGACCGCUCAAUUCCUUCUCUUCGCAUCCCAAACAACCUCCUCCUUUCGACUCGAGGCUGGUCAUUACCAAAUCGAAAAAACCCCAACCUCUAGAGCUCAAUGGAAGGCGGAAACUGGGAAGAAAUGCAUCGUUUCUUCCUGUAGUGAAAGCUCAAAGCUCACAAGAAUAUACACUGGAGUCGAAAUUCUAUAAAAUUGAAGCGAUUUUGAGGCCAUGGCGUGUCUCGCAUGUUUCAUCGGGAUUGCUUAAGAUGGGAAUUCGUGGCGUGACUGUUUCUGAUGUUCGAGGCUUUGGUGCCCAGGGCGGGUCAACAGAAAGGCAGGCUGGCUCUGAAUUUUCCGAAGACAAGUUUUUGGCUAAAGUGAAGAUGGAGAUUGUGGUGACCAAGGAUCAGGUUGAAGAAGUAAUUGACAAAAUAAUAGAGGAGGCAAGAACAGGAGAAAUCGGCGAUGGCAAGAUCUUUUUGAUACCAGUUGCGGAUGUAAUAAGAGUUCGCACAGGUGAGCGGGGGGAGAAUGCUGAGCGGAUGACUGGCGGACGUUCCGACAUGUUCUCUUCUGCAAUAUCUAUUUGAGAGGUCACAUGCAAUGAGAGUAAAACUUCCUUUUAGAUUCAUGACUAUUUUAGGGCAGAAGAUUAAGAGAAUAAAAAACAAAAAACUUUUCUUGGUUAUUUGCUAGCUUGAUUUUCAUCUGUAUGUUUACUUAUCGGGGCACUUUUCCAAAGAAAUGAGAUUUAAUACAUUUAAUUACA